UCCCAGCGAGCGGUUCACCGCGGCGGAUGAGAAAACUCAGCGAUUUGCCUCUCAGUGCACGAGCAAAACUUUACGGAAAAAUAGGCGAAUAUAAAGCGAAAUUCAGCAGAGCAUUGCAAGUGCUUUGAAAACAGCAAAGUGAAAUACAGUACAGUGAAGCAGCAGAUUACAGUGAAACAGCAGUACCAUUAAAUACAGUAGAUACAGUGAAACGGCAAGCAUCCGAAAUAUGUAAAUGAAAUAUUAUAAUCGUAAAACGCGGUUUCACAGCAAAGGGCAUUCAUAUGCAAAUCCGGUCGCACAGCCGCAGCCACAGCGUGGUCCCUACAACAACUCCGAAUAACAGUUAAGACCCAGAGUCGCAGCAAAUGCCGGAAAAUAAUUUACGUAUUAAAUCAAAACACACGUAGAAUUCUAGGUUCUGCUCGCCCUUUGGAGCCGAGUGCCGGCGUUUGCAACCGGAAAACAACAAUUUUUUGGGGAGACCCUUGAACAUAACGCGACGCGAGACGCUUGCCGUUACGGUUACGCUUUACAGCUUACGUUGUGCAGAGAGUGCUUCGGUGUGUCAAAGUGUGUGUGUGUCUGUGUGUGUGAGGACACGAAAUGUGUGCCGCAAUUUAAAUUUCAGUCCUAUGCAAAUACUCGUACAAUUGGACGAACUUCGUGGUUGUAUGUAAAAGUGUGUGCAGACGUGGGCAUAAACGUAAACCAAAACAAAAGGAUUAAACGUAAGAUUCCUGGAGCACAGGAUUCUCACCGCAGAGUGCUACCGAUACAGCUCUAGAUUCGGCUACAUCUCCAUCUCGAGAACCAGCUCCAUUCUCCAGAUUGCAUCCGCCAGAAGAGGAGCGGAGCUUUGCUUGGGCUUUGUUUGUGUGACAAGCGAAACUAAUGAGCGGCCAGCAGCAGCAGCAGCAGAUCGGAAACAGGAAGCAGCACCAAACGAACGAAAGUAAAAUUGCUUAAAUAAAUAAUCGUAACUGUGAUAACACCAAAGAAAGCAGCAGACAGCACAAGCAGCAGACAGCACGAACAGCACAAAACCAGUCUAAGAAAGCGCUCACAAAAGGCUGAAAACAGUUGCGUAAUUACCGAACAGAGCGGAGCGAGUGAUUUUGAGAGAGAGAGCAAUAAAUGUCAACGUGGAACAAGAAAAGUAAUCACAACUAUUUGCUACAGUUCAAGCAGCACAAAAUGGCACAAAGCAGAAAGGCACACGGCCAUAGUUCUGUGGCAGCAACGCGCAGAAGACCCUCCUCCUCUUCCUCCUCCUCGUCAUCCCAGGCGGCAGCAGCAACACAUUCAAGUUCAAGGCGGUCAUCGUUAAUCACAUGUUUUAUAUCCUGCCACACGUUGUUGCUGCUCCUUCUGGUGCUGCUCAAUGGAGCCCGGGCAGCCGGACGCAGCAGUGGCAGCGGCAGCGGCAGCAACAAAACAGCGGCAGCAUCUGGACCCAACAGCGGUGGGGCAACACCCAUUUGGGAUCAUGCCAUCGAUUUGAAUGAGGAUUUUCGCAUACUCUGGCAAAUCAUUAAUCAGGAUAUAACAUUCGAAAUACAAGCACGUACACUCGGCUACGUUGGCUUCGGGUUCUCGCCCGAUGGGAAUCUGGCUGGUGCCGAUAUGGCCAUCGGCUGGGUGGACAAGGGUCAAACCUAUUUUCAGGAUCGACACGUCACACGGAAUGGUGACCCCGAGCCGAUGGUGGAUCCCUCGCAGGAUUAUAUGCUGAUGCUGGGCUACGAGAACGCCACGCACACGGUCCUGCGAUUCCGCCGCAAGCUGGACACAUGCGACGGCACACAUGACAUGCCCAUAACGAACGACACGAUGCGCCUGCUGUACAUGUACCACGCACAGGAUCCGCCGCAUGGCUCGGUGCGCCCGGGCACCCUGCCGGACCCGGUGCGCGCCUUCCGCCCCUACCGCCCCAUGGUGCUGAUGCAGCGCGCCCAACUGCCGAUGCCCUCGCCGACGCACGACGAGCGCGUGCGAGUCCUGGAGCUGCGCAACGAGGAUGUGGAGCUGCCCGGCGGGGACACGCCGCUCUUCUGGUGCAAGAUGUUCAAGCUGGAGGACAUCAAUCGCAAGCACCACCUGAUCCGGUACGAGCCGAUUUAUGAUUCAUCGUCCAGCGUGCAUUACUUGCAGCACAUAACGCUGCACGAGUGCCAGGGCGCCCACUCGGAGCUGGAGGAGAUGGCACGCGAGCAGGGACGCCAGUGCAUGGGCGCUCGAUCCAUACCGCUGGCAUGCAAUGCCAUUGUUGCCUCCUGGUCGCGCGGCAGUGAGGGAUUUACGUAUCCACUCGAGGCUGGCUACCCGAUCGAGUCGCGACAGGCCAAAUAUUACUUAAUGGAGACUCAUUACAACAAUUUGAAGCCCGACUUUGCCCAAUUGCACGCCCGACAAAUGGCGGAUAAUUCGGGUUUGAAAAUCUACUUUACGCACGUCCUGCGACCAAACGAUGCUGGCAUAUUGUCAAUCGGAAUGGAUCCCAACUGGCGACACAUUAUCCCGCCGGGCCAGAAGCGCGUCAUAUCGGAGGGACAGUGCAUUGAGGACUGCACCGGCUACGCCUUCCCCCAGCAGGGCAUCAACAUAUUUGCGGUGAUGAUGCGCACCCACCAGAUCGGCAAGGAGGUUAAGCUGCGCCAGAUACGACAAACCGAGGAGUUGACGCCAAUUGCACACGACAGCAAUAUAGAUGUUGCCUAUCAGGAUUUUCGACGUUUGCCACAAUCGGUGCAUUCCCUGCCUGGGGAUAGACUCAUCGCCGAAUGCAUUUAUGACAGUUCGUCACGAAAGGCAAUUACCUUGGGUGGCCUCACCAUGAAGGAAGAAAGCUGCACAGUGCUGACACUCUACUAUCCACGCCAGAAGAAGCUGACAACAUGUCACUCACUGCCGAGUCUGCCCACAGUGCUGCAUUCGCUUGGCAUCGAACAACUGGCAACCGACUCGAAUCCCGUGCUUAUAUCAUCGCCACCCGAAUUGGCCGGAAUGACACUGGAGGCACGUCUGAUAUCCUACGAUUGGGAAAAUCAAUUUGGCGAAUUCCAGGAGGCCACACGCAAGGGCAGCUUCAAGCCCAUCUGCUGGGGGGCCAAGAAUCAUGUGGUGCCGGGCUCCGAGUUCCUCGAAGGCUACAGCAUAAAUGUUACCAAGACCUACAAGAAGCACAAGCGGUGCAAGCCCAAGCGCCUUUUUGCACCGAUUACCGAGAGGACUGCUCCAUCGCCAGCCUCCGAUCUGAGCGAGCUUCCCGUCCUCCACGAGCUGGACAACAACAACAUCAUCGAAGGAGCGGCUCGGAGUAGCCGCAGCUCUGCGACCGAUGUCCACGGACUGAGUUUAAGUCGAGGCAACUGCCGGGAGUUUGUCAGCUGCCUGCUCUGGCUGGGCGCCUCCUCCUGGUGGCUCCUGCUCAUGUUAAGGACGUGAGGGAAUCCAGCAACAGCAGCAGCAGGACUUGGAACAGCAGGAAUCACAGGCACCACCGUCUAACUAAACUAAACUAAACAUGCAGCAACACAACAGAAAAAAAA